AUGACACAAUAUAUUCCUCCACUUCAACAGUUACCUAAAGAACAAUCUUGUCUUAACUCCUGUUGCCGUUCUGCAAAUGAAGAUGUUAGAUCAUCAAUUAAUUUAUAUGAUAAAUCAUCAAUUUAUAAUAAUUUUCAAUCUUCUCAACAAUGUUACUCACUUGUUCGACCUGCUCCAAUCCGACCUUAUGAUGACAAAUUUUUUACUAUGGGACAUUCUAUUCCGCAUUCUAAUCCUUCAUUAUUUAACAAUAUGACUUCUCAAAAAUAUCUUUAUCAUGGAGGUUUCAAUGCUAAACCUUCAACUAAAGAAGAAAAUCGUUAUCAAUGCCCUUAUUGUAUAAAAAGAUUUUCUCGUCCUAGUUCUCUUAAGAUUCAUAUUAAUUCGCAUACCGGUGAAAAACCAUUUGUUUGCACAGAACCGGGUUGUGGUCGAAGGUUUUCGGUCCACAGUAAUAUGCGUAGACAUUUAAGAGUUCAUAGAAUAGGAAAACCUAUUAAGAAAGCUUAUAAUGAUCGCGAUAAUAAGGGUUACAAUAUUUGGAAUCCGACUCCGAUUGUUCAUGGUGAUUAUCCGUAG